CGAGUAUAUCUGUUAUACCUGACUUCACCUUUGUCUUUUUGUGGUACAGUACAUGCAGUUGACCAUGUUAGCUUCUCUGUAGACUGAAUGAGAGCUUGAAUCCAGCUUGUGUCUAACCAGUCCUCAUGAUGCGCUAUUGGGGAGAGAUCCCUGGACCAGCGGGGGUGCCUCCCAGCCGCAGCUCCUUUGACCUGCUCCAGCGUGAGUUCCGCUCGGUGGAGAUGCAGGACCCGCCCUUACACCAGCCCUCAGCUCAGCGUCCACGACCCACCACAAUGCUCGAUAUCCCCUCCGAGCCCUGCAGCCUCACCAUCCACACAGUGCAGCUGUGCCAGCAUGCCCGCCGCCUUCGUGGCCUUUUGGCGGUGGCUCAGGCCCAAGCUCAGGGUCAGGGCUCGGCACCCACUGAGGGUGGUAACAGGCAGGAGGAGGCUGAUGCAAAUGUUCCCCUACGCCCACCCACACCACCUGCCAUGCCAGAUGACUUGCUGCCCCUGGACAGCAAAGCCCCAUGCCAACCUUUUCAGCUUCGCCACAGUGACCCUGAAAGCGACUUUUACAAGGGUAAAGGCGAGCCCGUCACCGAGCUCAGCUGGCCCUCCUGCAGGCAGCUCCUCUACCAGUCGGUGGCCACCAUCCUGGCCCACGCUGGCUUCGAGUCGGCACAAGAGAGUGUGCUGGAGACCCUGACUGACCUGGUCCACGAACACUACAUGCGUGUCAGUCGCCUGCUCCGUGUGGCAGUAGACCGGGAGGCCCGGCUGGGGGCCAGCCCCUUCCCGGACGUGGUGGAGCAGGUUUUCCACGAGGUGGGCAUCGGCAGCAUGCUGGCCCUGCAGCGCUUUUGGCAGGUGCGCAUCAAGGACUACCACAGCUACAUGCUGCAGGUUAGUAAGGAUCUGUCAGAGGAAUACGAGAGGCUGGUGAACCCGGAGAAGGCUCUGGAGGACUCCAAGCCUCCCAGGAUCAAGGAGGAACCCAUGAGUGACAUCUCCUUCCCAGUCAGUGAGGAGCCCGAGGCGGACCUGGCCUCUGGGGACCAGGCCCUGCCCAUGGGGGUACUGGGGGCCCACGGAGAGAAGCUUUCUGCAGGCCUGGAGGCUGAGAACUCUCCGCAUGCCUCAGGUGGUGGCGGGGCCAACAGUUCCCCUCUGUGGCCACAAGUAAAAAUUGAGCCCCAAGAAGGGGAGGAGGGCCAGGGAGCCAGCUCCCAACAUCACCACCAUGGUGUCCUGGGGGGUGACGUGUUCGAGGAGGGGGGACCCAUGUCAACUAUGAGCGAGUCUGGAGGAACCAUGGCGCCGUCCCCCGGAGAUGCAGCGUCAGAUGGCAGCUAUGCCUCACACUCACCUGACUCUCUGAUGGGCACCUCGCCAGUCUUCAACCAAAGACCAAAGAAGCGGAUGAAGAAAAUGUGAUAUUUCCUUAACAAGCCUCAAAAAAGUGGGUCAUUUGUUGACCCAGUAAUUGAAAGCAACGGCUACACUGGACAGACAAUAGAUCCCAGCAAGUGUUCGAAGUUGGUUAUCCUGCUUUUAAAGUUCAAUUACAUCUGAUACUUAACAACAGUCUGACAAAAGAAAAAUAAAGUAUGACCAAAUGGUGCGAUGCACCACCUGGAUAUCUUUUCUAGUAAGCUCCACGAUGUCAAGUCAUUAAUCAUGCUACCUUUAGGACCUUGGUGCUUUUCAGGGCAUCCAUUUUCUAAGCUGAAUUGAGUGGUCAUGAAAAGCCUCUCCGAGGGGGCAUUAAGGAGGGAGAAUGAACUGAUGAGGUGAAAAACACGUAGUAUUUUUUUCGAGCGAGUUUGUGUAUAUGAGUACAUUUGUGAGAUUUGUUGAAGAUGUCGAUUCUGAAUACAUGAGUUGUUUGAUACUAAAACAAUAAAUGUCAUC